AUGUCGAUGAGCGUUCUACAGAGGCAGCGUCUGGCUGCAAUUCCACUUCAGUGUUCAAUCCAAUGUACCCGCGCCUUUUCCACCUCUCCCGCUUCCCGAAAUGCCCAUUCAAAGGCACCCAGGAAACCCCACGACAUUGACCCCCGAUGGCUUACCAUGACCAAGAGGAGGAUUGGAAAAUGCAUAAUGUUUGGCCUGAAGCAGCCACAGAUCCAGGAAGCAGGACAAAUACUCCAGCAGCUGGCGAGGGAUUGGCGCGAGUUGAUCGCCGGCAGUCAUGUCAACAAUGUCACGUAUGUCAGAUAUGCCGAAACAGCGCGCGUCUAUUUCACCCGGAACUACGCCAUGUAUGUAGAUCCUGCGCACAAGAAAGAGUGGAUGAAUCUUGUCAGCAACAGAGGAAUCGGCGUUAUUCUGCGGAGUAUUAAGAUUGAUUAUAAAUUUCCCAUGAUGUACCCCGACAAGGUCACAGUCUAUCACAAGUUGGUGCAUGACCCGGAAUCGCCACACUCCUCGCAGCAUGCCUUUCAUCUCCAAGUUAUGAUCCUCUCGGAAUCGCGCCAACGACCCGCUGCCCGGUGUCAUGAGGACCUGGUCAUAUACGACUACAAGCUGGGGAAGAAAUCCGUAAUGCCGCCAUUCCUUAUGGAACAGUUCAAAACCACAUGGAAGCUCCAAGAGCAAGCCAAAAAUCUCUGGCAGGCGCGGAUUCUGGAAAUCGAAGAUAGGGUUCGAACGCUCGAAGCAGAGAGUUGGGACCGUGAAGGUGCAGUUGAGGACACCGGUUCGGCGAAGAGGUAA